AUAUUGGACCCGUCCUCCCAAUCAUGUGAUUCAGGUGUUCCAAUCCCCUCCAUGUCAUGUGAUUCAGGUGCUCCAAUCCCCUCCAUAUCAUGUGAUUCAGGUGUUCCAAUCCCCUCCCAAUCAUGUGAUUCAGGUGUUCCAAUCCCCUCCAUGUCAUGUGAUUCAGGUGCUCCAAUCCCCUCCAUAUCAUGUGAUUCAGGUGUUCCAAUCCCCUCCCAAUCAUGUGAUUCAGGUGUUCCAAUCCCCUCCAUGUCAUGUGAUUCAGGUGCUCCAAUCCCCUCCAUAUCAUGUGAUUCAGAUGUUCCAAUCCCCUCCCAAUCAUGUGAUUCAGGUGUUCCCAUCCCCUCCAUAUCAUGUGAUUCAGGUGUUCCAAUCCCCUCCCAAUCAUGUGAUUCAGGUGUUCCAAUCCCCUCCAUGUCAUGUGAUUCAGGUGCUCCAAUCCCCUCCCAAUCAUGUGAUUCAGGUGCUCCAAUCCCCUCCCAAUCAUGUGAUUCAGGUGCUACAAUCCCCUCCCAAUCAUGUGAUUCAGGUGCUCCAAUC